AUGUCUAAUGGUAAUAUUUUGGAUCUUAUUAAUAACGUAGCAUCUAGUCGAAUAAAUGUACAUAGUCUUUCUUCACAGUCAGAAGAGAAGACAUUUGUAUAUUCAAGGGCUGAGCUAAUGAGAAUUAAGGAAACUCCUGCAUCAAAUGAGAUACCUGAUUAUUUGUCAAAAGAUUUUAUUGAUGAAAAAGGUGUCUUUAGCGUGGAAAAUUGGAUGGAUCAUAUCUGGGAAGUUAAUGGAAUUACUAAUAAAAAUGAAGGAAAAUUAAAGAAACCGAGAACGUUUAUCAAAAAAGACGAUCAUUCUAAUUUUGAUACUGUUGCAAAUAUUCUUUCUCCACAACGUAAAGGCUUCUCAGGUGGUUGUAGAGCCGCUUCACCUGAAAGUACAAUUCAAGACAAAAGCAAGUCAUCUGGAUUUAAUUCUAACAAAUUUAAGUCAUCUCAUGACUCUUUUGGUAAGGCAAGUCCUUUGGUUGGUUCUGACUCAAGACGUUUGACAAAAGAAUAUCCAAGAAUGUUGGAUAAAGAUACAUUUGGAAGAGGAAAGAGUUGGAAUACUUCGGAUUCUUUUAAGCCUUCAUUUGCUAGAAAUAACAGUUCAAGAAUAAAACAUUCUGAUCGUAGUCAAAGUGAUGAAGAAGUUCCUGAAUGGUUAGAUGAUGAAUGUGAUCUUAAUGCUGACUUUGAAUUGAGAGGUUUUGACGAGGAUGAUGACUUUUUCAGUAAGAAGAAUCGUAAUAAAAAAGGUAAAAAGGAAUCGGAAGCUGAUAUUAGGUCUCGUUCCGGUAGUGUGUUAUCUUCUAGAACGGGUCAUAUUUCUGGGGAAGGAAAAGAUGGUCCUAGUAAUGAAACUGUCAAUGAAUAUCUCCUGAGACUUCAAAUAGAUGAGGACAAAAAGGAUAAUAAGUGUGGAAGUGGAUUGGCAGGUUCUCGAUUGUCCAAAUUUUUUGUAAGCAAUAUAGAGAAACAACAAACAAAUUCACCAUCACCUAUUGAAAUUAUGAGAACUGACAAUCCUAUUGUUUUGGAUAACAAAAAUAAGGAUGAAAUUGGAAGUGAAAAUUUGUGGGGUCAAAGACAGCUAGGUAGUGAACAUCACACUGGAGAGUCUCUUUUGAGUAAAUUAAUUCCUUCAAGUUCUCAACAAGUACCAAAUAGUCCAGUUCGUAGGAUUGGUAAUAUGGAACUUGAUGCAAAUUUACGUGCUAAAGGUGUAGCUUUAGAAGAUGUUGAAAAGUCAAUGAUGCGUUGUGUUCAAGAGACACCACAAAAUCAAACGUUUCCUCCCAGUUUAUUUGGACAUUGUCCUUCUAACAUUGAUCCUGCUACAUUUUAUAAAGCAGUAAUGCACAAUGAAGUUAUGGGUCGUGCAUUUGCUUCACAAAAUAUGCAAAUGAAGAAAAUGACUGAACGUCAAAAUGAAAUUCCAUGCUUUAGUAAUGAAAUUAGUGAGGAUGUUAAUGAUGAGCAUUACCGUAGAUUAGAUGUUGGAACAGGACAACAUAUGCCUUUGAAUAUGCAUCCACAAGUGCCGAUGGGAAUGUCUCGUGGUCAAGGAGUACCUAUUGAAGUAAUGCAAAAAUUGGUUUUCCAACAACAAAUGAACUUGAUAUUUAGUCAACAAGCAAUGUCAAAUCCACAUCACAGACAGAUGGUAAUAGAUAUCAGAAAUUCGUUGAUUGCUAGAGCACCAGAACUUGCCAAUAAUGUUAUUCAAUUAAAUAUUGCUACAGCUCAAUUGGUAAUUGCACGUCAAAAUAGUAUUGCUGCGGAACGUCUUAGAAAUGCUCAAUUUUACCAACAACAACAGCAACAACAAUCUCCACAACCUUCAACACAUCAACAGCAAUCCCCAACAAUGUAUUACCAAGGAGGGAGUCCUUAUGAUAGUCAACAGAUAAAGAAAAGUCCUGCCUCAUUUGCUGCCUCAAAUAAUGCACAAGAUCCAUCACCUCAAUCAAAAUUAAACUCAUUUGUACCAACAUCAGUCAUACGUCAAAUGCAUAAAUCGGGUCAAUGCAAUAAUUCUAAUUCUGGACGUACUUCGAACUCUCAAACUCCAACAAGUAUGCUUUCAAAUGUACCUCAACAUCCCCAGACUAAUUCUGUUGGCAUGAUUAAUGAUCAUGUCUUUGAGGAUCAAAGAAAGUAUUCAAAUGAAGUUGAAUCAAAACCAGAAAUGAAAGGUCUUAACAUUUCUUCCAUGUCUGAUAUUGAAAAGGCGAAACUUCAAUCAUCAUAUAAUAAUGUUUUACAUGCUAUGACAAGUGGUCUACCAAUGCAAGGAUGGAAAAUGACAAAUAGUACAGCGGCUGAUCAAGCUUUUCUUGCACAACAAACUUUGUUGAAAACUUUAUCACCAGCUCAACAGAUACACUAUUUGAACUCAUUAAGAAUUAAGCAGCAACAACAAUUAGCUGCUUCUUACCGUACGGGUGUUAAUCAACAAAUUCCAGGAAUUAAUAUCAAUCAUCUUGUGCAACCAAAUAAUAGACCAGUUGAAAGUAACUUUAAUCAAAAUGCUCAUAUAAUCGAGCCAAAUGCUAAUUAUGUAUCUCCAGAUGCCAAUAUGCCUAAUGCUACAGAAUCUGGUCAAAUUAAAGCCUCAAUUCUUAUGAAGCUUCCACCUUCUGCUAAACCAGUUUCUGUUGAGGAUUUGGAACGUGAACUAAUUCAAUCAUCGGCAAAAUAA